CUGUGAGAGGCGGUGCACCUGCUGUGUGAGCAGAUAGAAGCGCAUCACUGCACUUUAUCAGUAUUAUAGCGAUUACAAGAAUGGACUUUAAAAGUGAUAUUCAUACAUUUGGAGUUCCCAUGCCAGGCCAGGAUAGCCUGCUGAAGAAAGAUGUUGUGGCUGGACAAGAUGCUAAGAGUUUGGACAGCAAAGUUGGUGGCAGUGUGGAUAAGAAAGAAGGCUUUGGCUUCAUUUCUGGAGGGCUGACUGAGAGCCAGUUCUCUGCUUCCCUGGGGGAAAACCAUACUAGUCCGUUUGAAAAAAAGCUCAGCAACAGUGAUGUGUCUGGGUUCUCCCAGCCAGGCAAGAAUCUGGGUGGUAAUAUGAAUGUGGGCAUGGCCCCUUUCCAGUCAACUAUCCCACCUAGCAAGGAAGAACCUCAGAAGACAUCUAGCCUACAUACCAGUCAACCACUUAAUCCAUUCGAGGCUUCCAGUAAACCAUCUGACACAAGCCCUCACAAUGCUGUGGACAAACCUGCAGUAAAGGGAGGCUCCUGGACAGGUCAGGACAUGUUCUCCCAUUCCCCCAACAAGACUGAGCAAGAUUUCAAAGAAGCUUUAUAUGCCCAAGGAGUUCAGGAUGAACAUAAGUUGAAGGAAGAGCCAGAUGAAGAUGAAGCCGUGAAGCAAAAGAGGAAGAAAUGUGAUUCUACAGAUGAUGGAUUUGGUCUCUUGGAAAGCCUUCGAUCUCCUGAAAAAACCCAAUCGAAAAGCUCUGACCAGGAUGACUUUUCUCCCACGGGUGAUGGGGAGAACUGGAAGAGUGAGAUCCGAGAGUGGGGUGGCGGACGGAUCCAAGCCAAGAAAAGUAAAAGCAGAAUGAAGCUUCCUGAGGAGUGGGCCAGCCUGGCAGAUCCCACUAGUACCUCUCCUCCUCCUGGUUACAAAACAGACCUGAACGUGGAUGAUUUUUCUCUGGACAAGCAUGAGACCAAAAUCCAUUCUAACAUUUGUGGUGACCAAGAGGCUGCAUCCCUCAUAACCUCACAUCAAUCAGCAUCCCUAUCAGCAACAAGUCAGGCCAAUGCCAUUUCACCAUCUAACAAACCUGAUCCAUCUCAGAACAAUCAAACAAAUGCCUCCCUAAAUACGUCACCAACGGGCCAUGAUGCCUUGGCAGAUUCCAUCCAUAGCCCCGACAUUUCAGUUUUAACUGGGCCCUCCACUUCAGUUUCUUCCAGCACUGUAGCGAGCAAAAUUCCUGCCGAUCCAGAUUCCCUCACGUCUCUUAAGGAACCACUACUGGCGAAGUCCCUCCAACUGAAAGCGAGAGAAGACAUCGUCAAAGAGAAGGUAGAGAAGGUGGACACGCCUUCCAAGACAGACAAGCCUGAAAACACAGCGAAGAUCGAAGACUUCACAAAGAAAGAGGACGAUACAGACAAGAUCCAGUCAGUGAAGGAACAGGAUAACAAGACUGAGAUGAAUGAGAAAAAUAAAAAAGUGGAUCAGGUUGAACAGAUAAAAAAGGAAGUAAAGGAGGAGAAGAAGAAUGGCAGUGAAAAGGUUGACAAGACAGUCAAAAAUGAGAAGAAUGUAAAGGCUGCUAAAGAAACCACCAAACCCUCUCCAGCUAACGGAACUAAAGUACUGACCAGUCCUGAUAAACCCAAGACGAAGCCAAUUUCAACCAAACCAAACUUGAAGUCCCCGGAAGAUAAAUCUAGUGCCGCAACCCCCAAUUCAGUCACCAAAAAAGCCCCAGUGCCGAAGAAAACCACCCCUACCGCUACCACCAGGAAGCCACCUGCCACCACUGAGGCAAAGAAUUCUGAGAAUGGUACUCCAGCCAAGCGAAAGCCCCCAGUGCCAAAAUUUAGUGCCACAGCGACAAAACGCAAGACUAAUGGCUCUUCAGUCAAAAGCCCUACAAAUGGAGCCAGUGGUCCAGAUACACCAGCCACUGACGGGACUCCAGCCCCUCGUCCCUCCCGGAUCACCAAACCGCCUGUUCCCAAGCAGGUACCACUACCACGAAAGCCACCUGUGCCACGAAGCCCGAGAAGUGGUCAAGCUAGUAACACACCCACACAGGAUCUAAAGAAAGUGUCCUCAAAGAUCGGCUCCAAGGACAACAUGAAGUACCAGCCAGGUGGAGGCAAGAUUCAGAUAGUCCACAAGAAGCUGGACUUCAGCCAUGUUACUUCACGCUGUGGAUCCAAGGACAACAUCAAGCAUGUCCCAGGAGGAGGAAAUGUUCAGAUUACAAAUAAAAAGGUUGAUGUGAGCAAAGUGACCUCAAAGUGUGGAUCUAAGGACAACAAGCAAAAGUCAGAUGAUGAAAAUGAGAAGACUGAGGCUCUAAAGACUAAAAAUAAUGCCGAAGAAGGAUCAAAGGAGAGUGGGAACAACUUGUCAGGAGGUGAGAGUAUCAAGACUACAGAAGAUCAGCAGAAAUCUGAAGGAAGCCCACCUGCCCCUACAAACCCACCCAUUCCCACAGUUGGAGGGCUAAAAGACAAUAAGCAGAUAGAAAGCUCUGCUGUUCCUCAGUCGGCUCUGUCUGCAGGAGAUGGACUAUCAAACUCUCAAAGUCUGGACAAACGCAUCCCAGCCACAAAUUGAACCUUACGAGCUGAGCUUCCAAAAAGGUCGUACAAGCUGGCACGGAACCGUGGUACCAGUAUCAUCUCCCGGUCCUUCCCUGAGUGGCAGCCACAUCCCACCCACAAUGCAUUGCAGUGUUUGUCUGGGCUUCACAGUCUCCUUUGUUUCAAUCUAGCCUGCUGCAUAUAGUUGCCAGAGACUGGGCUCGAACCAGUAAACCAGAAGAACAAAAGCCGAUCCUUUAACACUUUAUCACAUGAUUGUUUAUAUGGCCAUUGUGAAUAACUUCUUUUCUCUUUUUUUUUUUGACUGUUUUCUUUGUUUCCUCAGAUGCGCACUGAUUGGAGCUCAGGCUUCGACAGGUUUGUGCUUUAAUUUGAGGUAGUCCAAGAGCACAUGUGAAUGUUUGAGGUUCGUUGAUGGCCUUAUAGGCGUCAUGUCUGUUCAGCUUUCACUGGCCUUCCAGUUUCUUUAAUUACGUUUAAGGGUCAGCAUAACCACACCUGAUUACAAUCCCAAGAGGUACGAGUGCUAGAUGUGGAGUCUAGUAGACUAGAUUAGAUGUGGACUGGUAACAAAUCUUACCUUCUUUAGGGUUGGAUGUUAACAUACAGUUAGGGUAGGAUUUCAUACAGUUGGUGGGUGUGUCAUGUGAUUACCCAGCCCAUGUUAACCUGCUGCUGCACAACUCCCUUUGUUUCAGACUAACUGUGAUCCAGUAUAACCACCACCCCCCUUCACCAGCAGAUCCUCCAAUGGAAACCAUUUAGUGCACAAUAUGUACUUUGUUAAAUCAUUAUGGAAUUAAGAUAAGCACCUUGUAUAUAACUGUCAGCAUGCCUAACAGUCCAGCUAAAAUAAACAAACGCCGUCUAUUCAUCUGCUCAUAAUAUAUUUCCUCGUUAUGGAGAUCAUGGCUCAUAGACUCGCACUUGUUUGAACAGUGGGGCUUUUA